CACUCACAACAACACUUUUUCAUAACUAACUCCGGCAGAACUCAAUUUCGAAAUGGUGAGAACUAGCAAAGCAAACAGAAGAGGUUGUAAUCGAGAUGCUGCUAAUAUGAAUAACGAGUCAGAGAAGAAGUCGAUGGAUGGGAACAAAGAUGUGGAUCCUCAGUUAUGGCAUGCGGUUGCUGGAGGAAUGGUGCAAAUUCCAGAAGUUAACUCUAAGAUCUUCUACUUCCCUCAAGGUCAUGCCGAGCAUGCGUAUGAACCUGUCAAUUUUAGUGUUGACUUCAAAACUCCAUCUUUUAUUCCAUGUAGAGUUGCGGCUAUUGAUUAUAGGGCUGAUCCGGAGACAGAUGAGGUAUAUGCAAAACUCCGGCUUGUUCCUUUACAUAUUAACGAGGUUGGUUUUGAUAAUGACGCUGUUGCUGGCAUCGAUGAGAUGCCGGAGACUAAGAAUAAAUAUCAAUCUUAUACAAAAGUCUUGACACAAUCUGAUGCAAACAAUGGUGGUGGAUUUUCUUGUCCUAGGUAUUGUGCAGAAACACUUUUUCCUCCACUAGACUAUUCAGGUAUCCCUCCUUCUCAGUACAUAUAUCCCACUGAUGUUCAUGGUGAAACGUGGGAAUUCAAACAUGUUUAUAGGGGCACGCCGAAGCGGCAUUUGUUAACAACCAACUGGAGUGAUUUUGUAACAGACAAGCUACUUGUUUCGGGGGAUUCACUUGUGUUUUUGAGGGCUGAAAACGGUGAUCUUCAUGUUGGAAUUCGAAGGUCUAAAAGACGAAACGAUAUUGGAAUUAACCCUUCAUCAAAGAGGAAACAUGAUAGUGAGAUUGGAAUUCGUAUUGGAUUAUCAUACUUAGGACUUACCUCGUCUUCAGAAGAGAUAGAUAAUAAACUUCAAAAAAAUGAUAAAGAAAAUGGAUUGAGAAUAAGUGAUAAGAUUAUGGGUAGGGGAAAAGUGAAGGCGGAAGAUGUUCUUGAAGCAGUAAGACUUGGUGUCAAUAUGCAGCCGUUUGAUGUUGUUUACUAUCCUCGGGUUGGUACUCCCGAGUUUUUUGUGAAAACCUCUUUGAUAAGAACAGCACUUCAGAUUAGGUGGUGUUGUGGAAUGAGGUUCAAGAUGGCCAUUGAAACCGAAGACUCAUCAAGGAUAAGUUGGUUUAUGGGAACCAUUGCUUCUGUUGAGGCUGCUGAUCCAGCAUGGCCAGACUCUCUUUGGAAAUCUCUGCAGGUUACAUGGGAUGAACCUGAUUUACUUAAAAAUACGAAAAGGGUGAAUCCGUGGCAAGUGGAAAUAGUAUCGAACAUGCCUUCAAUCCCUUUUUCCUCUUUCUUGCCACCAUCACGGAAGAAACUGAGAUUGCUUGAACAUCAAGCUUUCCCCAUUGAUGGCCAAUUUUCAAUGCCGACUUUUCCAAACUACAUUCAAACUCCAAAUGUUCCAAUAUUUCAUUUACCAGAAACUAGUCUUGCUGGUAUGCAGGGAGCCAGGCAUGAUCCUUUUGGUCUUUCUUUAUCGGACCUUCACAUCAAUAAGUCUCCAUUAGGUCUCUUUAAGCCUAAUUUCCAACAACCAUUUGACCACAAUGCUUCAACAUCGAUGACUGUCCCAAGUAAAGCUGUAUUGCCAAAGGCAAACGAUAGUGAGAAUGUUUCGUGCUCAGCAUCAGAGAAGCAGGAUCAUGCAAAGCCGACUCAGAUUGUGCUUUUUGGCCAAACCAUACUGAUUGACCCGGGGCAUGAAAAUGCUGUGAAGAAAAUCACUAGUAAUUUUUCUAGUCAGCUACAAGACCCGCCAAAACAAACCUCUGGUGAGAGGCAUGAAGAAAAUUUGGCAGGAGAAACAUUGGAGAUUGAACAUUCAGAAACUUCAUCGAAAGAGAUAGGAGGAUCAUAUGUGGCUUAUUUGGGUGGUUUAUCUUGA